AUGGAGAAAGCCGAGAGCCGCGGUGACGGCGUAAGAGUUUCACCCGGGGAGGCGAGCGGCAGCGGGACGGGGGAACGGCGGGGUAGCCAAGCAACGCCGGACGCGCUGACGUCGCCGGGGCGGCAAAACGUCCGCCCGGGCCCGAGGCGGGCGGAGGCAGCUGUGGUUACGUGCGGGGGACCGGUGACGCAGUCGCGGGGCGCUAGGACGCGGCGUGCGGAGCCGGUCAGCGGGGACAGGCCCCAAGGCCCCGGCGCGGCGGCGGGACAGCACCUACCUUCCCGGCUUCGGGUCCGGGAGUGCGGGGCGCAGAGCCGCCGGAGCGCUGCCUCCCUCCUUCCUCCUCCCCCCGCCCCCGCCCCGCAGCGCGACACACAAUACUCGCCGGAAGCGGAAGCCGCGCUGAGAGGCUCGUGUCAGUGGAAGCCCGGGUAUCGGCAGGCGGCCGCGGGAGGGCCUAGCGGCGCCUGCGGAACAAGGAGAAGGCGGGGGACCGGAGGGGAAAACCAGCAGGAGGAGUUAAGGGCGAGAAGAGACCCGGAGGGGCAGGGCGUCUACGGGCGCCGGGGCAGGCGGGACCGUCCCGCCCAGGGUGUGGGCCCGGGCUCUGACCCGGCUCGGGCUGGUCCCGGUUGGGGCUGGGAGCCGCCGGGGGCGGGACAAGGGCGGGUUGCGGACUUUGAGCUACACUGCUCCUCUCUCCAGGCCAGUCCCGGGAGAAGGUGGCUCGCCGAGUCGGCGGCCAAUUACGUGGUGGACCUGCGGGUCUCAGCUGCUCCUCGCUCGGUGCCCGACCGCAGCGAGCGCGCCCCUCCUUACUUUCCUCUCCUGUUGCUGGAAGCUUCGCAGCCCUGUGACUUUGGAGGACGAGAGCGAGAUGAUGAGGCUGGGGAAGAGUCGGCGGACAGAGGAUCGCACUCUCUGCAGUAUUUCUACUCGGCUGUGUCUGAGCCAGCUCCAGGAGUCCCUUCAUUUACUGCUUUUGGCUUCGUGGAUGACCAGCCCUUCAUUCGCUAUGACAGUGAGGAGAUGAAGGCCAAGGCUUCUGUUCAGUGGUUGAUGGAGGAGCCGAGUUACUUUGAGGAUGAGACCAAGAUCUUCACAAGUUGGAUGAAGAUUUUCCACUUAAAUCUGAGGAAUGUGCAGUGAUAUUACAACCAAACCAUGGAGGAUGGUCUGAACAAAGCGCUGGCACAAAAGCAAACAGGUCCCCACACCCUCCAGUUCACCUUCGGCUGUGAGCUCCAGCAGGACGGCAGGCCCACGGGGCACUGGCAGUAUGGCUAUGAUGGUGAGGACUACCUGAGCUUACAUAUGGACUCUCUGCAAUACACAGCAGCACCAUUCAUUGCUCAGUACACCAAAUGAAAAUGGGAGGCUGGUGGGAACUUCAUAGAGAGACACAAGAACUACUUGGAGAAAGAGUGCGUCCUGUGGCUGCAGAGAUACUUGAAAUUUGGAGGGGAGAGCUUGAACCGCACUGAGCCUCCCAAAACACACGUGGCCCAACACACCGGCCCUAAGGAGGUCACCCUGAGAUGCUGGGCCCUGAGUUUCUACCCUGCAGAGAUCACCCUGACCUGGCAGCGUGAUGGGGAGGAUCAGACCCAGGACAUGGAGCUUGUGGAGACCAGACCUGCAGGGGAUGGAACCUUCCAGAAGUGGGCGGCUGUUCUUGUGCCUUCUGGAGAGGAGCAGAGAUACACGUGCCAUGUGCAGCACGAGGGGCUGCCUGACCCCGUUACGCUGAGAUGGGAGCCAACUUUCCUUCCCAUCUCCAUCAAGGGCAACACUGCUGGUGUGGUUUUCUUUAUGGUCAUUGGAGCUGUGGCAGCUGGAGCUGUGGUGGUUUUGCAGUGCAGGAAGAAUCAACCAGGACAUUGUGUUUCUUUCCUCAAGUGGAAAAAGAGGGGCAAUUCUCAGGCUGCAAGUGGGACAGGAGGAGGCUGUGAGGAGCCGAGCGUGGACGCGGCCUGUGCCCACUCCGAGCUCACUGCAUCGUGGGCUUUGAUGUGGUCACUCCUGGUCACAUCUUCUCAGCUUCUUUGUCCUUGUCCCUUCAGUAGAACCUUGUCCCACCAGGACUUGUGAUCACAGGGACUCGGACAUCACCUGGACCUUGUCUUGUCUUCUGGACUCUGGGCAGUGAGGACUUUACGUGGUUGGGUCAGCCAGGACUCAGGACUGGGUCUGGCCCUCAGCCCUCAUCUUUUGGGUGUUUAUUAUUAUUUUUUAUUUGUUUCUAUAGAGAAUUACGCCUCUUCUUGUUCUUGGGUAUGAAUUCUAGUCUCAUUUUACUCUGGGUGUCCCCCAUCUCUUGACAGGAGCAGGAGUGAUUUUGCCUGUCAUUGUCCCCACAAGGCCCAGGAGCUCCCUGCUCACUGUAGCGUCAGUGGUCUGCAGAAAUGAGUUUUCUGACUCAUCCAGCUCUUGCCCUCCUUCUAAGGCUAUUUUCUGGAUUGUUCUUUCUGUCUUUUCCCCAACCUUUCUUUAAGGAACCAGAUCCCAGAAUAGUAGAGAGGAGGGAUCUGAUAGUUUCUCAUCUUAGAAAUUCCUCUUAUCUUCUCUGCUCACUACUCCUUCUCCCUGCCCUUAGCUCUAGUAGUGCUAGUGCUGGCUUCAGGCCAGACUCAUGGAUUUAUAAAGCUGAGUCUAAUUUAGAUUUACAGUGGAUUGGAAAAUAGGACGCAUAGGUCAAGGACCAUUGUUUUCUCAAGAGGGAAAGAAGUUGUGUGCUGUGGUGUGCAGGAGGGUUGGUGUGGGAAGAAGG